UUACACCGCAAAUGUCUAUGAGUGCUAACAUCAUCAAGCCAUCCGCAAACUAUAACGAUGAGGUGCCUGCUCAUAUAUUAAAUAAUCCUCGGUAUUAUCCAUUCAAGGAUUGCAUUGGCGCUAUUGAUGGAACACACGUGAGGGCAUCGGUUCGAUUGAAGGACCAAACGAAGUACAUUGGUCGAAAGGGAUAUGCGACACAAAAUAUAAUGGCCGUUUGUGAUUUUAACAUGUGCUUCACAUUCGUUUGGGCUGGAUGGGAGGGUAGUGCACAUGACACCAGAAUCUUCAAUGAAGCCUUACGGAGGCCGGAGCUUCUAUUUCCACAUCCAACGGGUGACAAAUAUUACGUUGUUGAUGCCGGAUACCCAAAUACUAAAGGGUAUCUUGCUCCAUACAAAGGUCAAAACAUUCGUUAUCAUAUACCGGAAUUUCAACGUGGACAGAGUAGUGCUAUGCGUGCUCCUCGCGGACCAAAAGAGACAUUUAACUAUCACCACUCGUCAUUGCGGAAUAUCAUUGAACGAACCUUUGGAGUAUGGAAAGCAAGGUGGGCAUUAUUGAGAGAUAUGCAUGUUAAUUACACAUACGAGCACCAAGUGAGUAUUGUGAUAGCAUCGAUGGCGAUCCAUAACUUUGUCAAAAAGUGUGGUAUGUUUGAUGAAGCAUUUAACACAGCCCAACAAGAAUCUUACAAUCCCCGUGGUACUAGUGAUGAACUUCAUGAAGAAGUUCCGUCUACAAAUCGUACGGAUGAUGAUGGUAUGUUAAUGGCAGCGAUAAGAGAUGCGAUUGCUCAAGAUGUAAUGGAAUCACGAAGAAGAACAUAGUAUGACAUUAGUUUGUUAUUCUUGUGCAUUUUUUUUCGUGUUUUUUAGCAAUCUGAAUGUAAUAUUAUUAUGUUCUAAUUAGGAAAUUUUAUACUAUAUGUAAACAAA